CAUGAAAGAACUAAAAAAAAUUGAAAGCCGAAACCAUCAGCGCACGGUUCCUGGACCAAUAAUCCCAAAUAUUGAUUAGAGAAGAGAGAUUACUCAUUUUAAGCACACAAACCAGCAACAAAAACAAAAAAAAAGAGCAUUCCCACAACGGGCCGCCUUUAUAUGGUCAAUACAGCCCUCAAUAAUUCAACUGAUUCUCAUUGAUUUGCUUCCUCAGUUGCUGCAUUUGGAACCCAAGACAUAAAAGCAAAUAGAGAUGCAGUCACUGCAGGAAAAGGCUUCGGAGUGGAGCGGCGUUAAUACUGCCGAUGCCUUUGCUAUUGAUGACACUAAUUUGUUCCCGAAAUUGGGUCUCCAAACUUUCAUCAACCUCUCCACCAAUUUCUACACCAGGGUGUAUGAUGAUGAAGAAGAGUGGUUUCGAUCAAUAUUUGCUAAUUCCAAGAAAGAAGAGGCCAUUCAGAAUCAAUAUGAAUUCUUUGUGCAACGAAUGGGAGGACCUGCUCUUUUUUCUCAGAGGAAAGGUCAUCCUGCAUUGAUUGGACGUCAUAGACCAUUUCCAGUCACACAUCAAGCUGCCGAGAGAUGGUUACAUCAUAUGGAAAAGGCAUUAGCGAGCACCCCUGACAUUGAUGCUGAUUCAAAAGUCAAAAUGAUGAAUUUUUUCAGGCACACAUCAUUCUUUCUUGUGGCCGGAGAUGAGUUGAAGAAUCAAAACCAACAAGUUCCAUGUAAGCAUGGAGCCAGCAAACCAACUGCAACAUAAACUUAUUAACAGGAAAACCUUAUUCCUUUGCUGGGAGAAACCAUGGAUAUUGGCAUUCCUUAACCACUUAACUAUGAUAGUGUUGUAACUCACACAGCCUUUUUUAUAUGAAUAAAUCCUGAAUUUUUUACAUUACUUUGUUUUAUAUGUUGAUGAAAAUAUUAUUGGUCGUCCAUAAUUUCAUCUUCUUUCUCUGAGCUGAAUUCUCAUUGUUGCUGUAAUAAGUUGGUAGAGAAAAUGGAAAAAAAUGUAAGUAGAGCCUCUCGGUAAAUGGUGAUCAAUGUUCUAGAAUUAAUCGUAUAACAUCUCCUUGCUUGUUAGUCAUAUCCUUGAAAACUAAUGUUGUUGAGUUCAUGCUACAUGGUAACAUGAGUAGCCAAACUAGCUUUUGCGGUUGUAGCAUACUAUGUUCAAACUUUAGAAACUCAAUGGUUAGUCAAGUGUGGUAAUCGACAUUUUAAAGGCUUCAUUGUCUGUUGAUGGCUUCCUGUAGUGUUUCAGAUUAUUGCCCUAGUGAUGGACCUAAGGAUGAGAUGUUUGAGGCCUUAUUUGCCAGAUAAUGUGGUUUCUGUCAUUGCUACUGUUUGAAUUGAGGAUUUUAUUAGUGGCAGUUGAUCAGUGAUGAUGGACAAUUGACAAAAUGAAUUCAAAUGGAAAAAAAUAUAUGUUGCUAAAUGAAUUCCAAUUUGUUGACUAUUACUUAUCAAACUUUGUUUUAUAAUUUGGUUUGAUUUUGUAGUAAAGUA